UAAAGGCUUCCAAAUAACAGAAAUUAUCAAAUAUGUCAAAAUCAGACGUAGAGAGUGCGAUAUACACAAACCCUGUCUUUGAUGGUGAUGAUGUCUACGUCAAACCUAAUUACAACACAAAAACAACUGAUCAACACCAUUAUGAAACUCUCCAAAGCUGUCCAAACACAGGCCCUCCUCCAAGCUACAAUAAUCCAUUAGUACACCCCAGUUUACCAAAGAUUACGCCAUAUGGAGACGCGCCACCUUCAUACCCUUCGAAAAGUCGAUGCGCACUGUAUAGACUCAAUAGAACCAGAACUCUAUUCGCAAUAGGUGUUGGCCUUGCAGUUACAAUGGCUAUCACGGCACUAUUCAUAUCAAUUGGGAAAAGUCAUCUAAAUGAUAGCGAUGAACAAGAUGGACACCACAUGUCAACCCGUUUUCACACCACGACUGGAGAGCCUAACAAACCGGGAACUUCCGACUUUGGGGGACCUACUAAAAGCACACAAGUCCCUGGGAUCGGAGUAAAAUCUUCCACAACAGUACACAGUAGACCUGACUCUAUAAUAACAACCAAAACUACAAAACGACCUUCAACAAUCAAUACAACAAAACCAACACAAACACUGACGAGAACUUCGGAAAAAGUUCAACCUUCAGCAACUGCAUCUAGAGGCACUGAUGUUACUAAUAGUGUUGACAAAACAACUCUUGGUCCUGCUGGUUUAGUGACAUAUGCGACGUGGGGAUCUUGGGAACCAUGGAAUGAAUGUACUGUGACGUGCGGCGAGGGAGUCCAGACCCGCCAGAGAAUGUGUACGAAACAAAGAGACACUGAUAUCGAUUGCGAUGGGUUUUUCACGAUUUCAAGAGAAUGCAGUCCUGGGAAAUGUCCAGAUUGCAAUAUUCUCUGUGUCGAUGGUGUUCGCAACGAAGACUGUACCGCCUGUGAGUGUACAAGGAGCCAAACAACCGUAGGGGCUUACAGUUCCCGAAUGGUUCCAUUGGAUGGAGCGACUGUUGCAAGAGCCGAGACUGCGUAUAGUGUCAUGGCUGUAACGGGUGACGAUGGUACGACCACAGUAGAAAGAUUGUGCAACAGUGACACAAUUGUCUUGAAGAAAGCUGGUUAUGUGGAUACGAUAGCCAAAGCUAGCAACGCAUCUAUGGUUAUCCUUGCUGUAUUGGAACCAAUUGAAAUGUAUAAACAGCCAUUCGACAAGGUAGCGUUAGUUGGAGGCACUAUCAAUUUUACGUGUGAGGCGACCGGUAAACCAUCUCCCGAAUACUUCGAAUGGUUCAAAAAUGGUAAUCUUUUGGACGAAAGUAUUUACGGCAAGAGUAACAUUCUCCUCUUAGAGUCGGUGAAGUUAGACGACAAUGGAAUGUAUAAAUGCAGAGCGAACAAUGAUUACUCUUCUAUGAUGUCAGACUCUGCACAACUCAUUGUUAAAGAGAGUUUGGAUGAUUUCUGUGACUCAAAUCCUGGGGAUGAAUUAAAAGAACUUCCACAGGACUGUCCACAAAAUGGCGACGUCAUGUAUCCUAUCGGUAAAUGCCAGGGCAACCCAUGUUUAUCGUCCAAUAUGGUAGACGCAGCGGAGUACUGCUGUGGUCCAACCAGACAAGAACUCCGCCAGCUGUUUUGUAAUGGCUACACACUGAUCGUCGUAGUGACUCUAGAAUGUGGAUGUAUUCCAUGCAACCAAGUUAACCGUCUGGAUGGGAAUGAACCAACCGCAAUAACAUAUCUUCCAGUUGAAGGGGUCUUCAAAGGAAGGGCAUAUGACUCCAGGGACAUCAAUCGUCCGUUGAUCUAUGGCGAUGUGUUUUUGAAUGGCGAGAAAGUAUCGUUUACCGGCUUAGAUGGUGAAUUCGAGUUCAAAAUACCACGUCACAUGACAAGAAUAGUGGUGAUGAUUCGAGAGAAUCUGAUAUCUGAUGACUUUAUCGAAACAUCCAAAGCGUUUGAUCUUCCGAGGGAUUUUUCCGGAACGUUUUUGAAAGAUUUUCCGAUAAAGAGAAAGUCCAAUAUCGUAGAGAUCGAUUCCAAACAACCCCAAAGCAUGUCCCUGGCAAGAGAUCUUUCCUCUGGCGAACCUGUUGCUGAACUUCUUAUCCCUGGUGACUCGUUUUACACAAAUGACGGUGAAAAAUAUGAAGGAAAGGUCAAGGCAUCCAUGGACUUCAUUGAUCCUAGAGAUCCCAUCAGUAUUGAUGAAAUGCCAGGAGAUCUAACGUCUGUGAAUGAAAAUGGCGAGGUAGAACAGUUGGACACCCAAGGACAAUUCCAUAUGAGUUUUAAUGAUGCCAAUGGUAAACCAUUGGGUCUCAAAGGAAAAGUCGAGGUCGCAAUAGAGGCCGAAUUCAUCGGUGAAACGAACGCAAGCUAUACGGAUGUCAGUCUCUGGACGUAUAACACUGACACGGGAAGAUGGGUUAUCGAAGGACCACUGCGCCCAGUUUCACCCACACUUUCACAUUUAUCACGCAGAAAACGACAGCGGUAUAAUUUCUUCAUUGGAGAUAUCGUCAUCAGAGACCGUUAUUGGGUUAACUUCGACAGAAAAGUUCUUGACUAUUGUUAUGCUAACGUCAGGGCUUACGUUGACUCCUCUAACCAGUCACCAUUGUCAACAUCAAAAUUCGAACCAACUGUUAUCUCGCAGAACGCCUUCACGGGAGGUAUACGCCGGUAUACUACAGGUCGAAACGCAUAUAAUGGAGGACCAGGAAAGGAGCGGUCUGAGGGCAACUGCAUAAUGACCGUUUGCCAAAAUGGACAGUUUCAUGGUUACAUCCGGGCAACUGAUGCUGAAGGUUCUCUUCAAACAUCAACAUCAUUGGGAGGAAGUGCACCGAACGUAGCUGGUGUUGAGGUUACUAUAGAAAAGUUUGGCCAAGGCGGAAAGGGGAAAGAAGACUAUGAUGCUGUGGCCAAAGUAAAAGCCACAAACGCUCCAGAAUACGGUCCAAUAUUUUAUUCAACAUCAACAAGUGGAUGCCUGCCUCAAAAUAGCGAUACAUGCAAGAACUGCAAACAAAACCCGAAAAAUGCCGUUUGUAGAUUAUGCAACCCUAGUGGGUGUAUGUACCCAGUUGCAGUAGCAUUCAGAGACUGUAUGGAGUCAUCGUCGUCAAGUCCGCAUUUCAAAUUUUACAAGGCAAAGUCUCAUUCAUACUCGUAUGAAGUGUGCCUUAAACCAAGCAAUUGCCCGGACAACACUGCACUUUCACUAGUUUGGUUUCCUAAUAUAGACUUUAAAGUGGUAUACCUGAAAGUUAAAGUCACUAGAAGUUCCUCGGGUGAAUCAAAAGUGCGUGCAGUCAGUAAAGGUGGUCAGAAUCUAGAAGUAAUUGGCAAAACUUACGGAAUUAAAGAAGAGACAACAUAUCAACAAAUAGCAUGUGUAGAAAUCAAGACGUCCGGGCCGAUACUAGUAUCCACCGGGACUGGGACAGAUAGAACACAGGUAGAUAUUUAUGUUCAAGGAGACUGUCGUUUGAAUUCAGCAAAGCAGCUUUUGCUUGAUAACAGGAAACAAAAUCCGGAAUCCAUUUUUUCGUUUCUUCAUCCACUCGAAAGUGAACCAACUGGGCCAAAAUAUGGGCUAUACGAUCACCAGAGUAAGAGCGACCAAGACGCAAUGAAUGAAGCGAGAAGAAGGUGCGAAUGCGGCUCUAUGUCCCCACAAAAGCAAUCAUGCAAGGAUGAAACGGAAUAUGGUUCAGGCAUAGGACUUGAGUUUGUUUGUGGUUAACUCGUUAUGUAUGUCAUUCACAAAUGCGAAAAUAAUUGAAGACUUUAACAAACCUAAAAUGAGCAUCCUAUUUUCUUUUUCCAACCGCCUUUAGUUCACUUACUUUAAUUUCCGGAUAUUUCACGAAACAUAUGUUAAAGUCAUUCUUUUUGAUGAUUAAAGGGGCAAUGAAUAAUUUGACAAACAUUAUUGAUGACCGGGCUACUACAUGUGGCCAAUAGAGAGAAACAAGAAUGUUGGAACUGUUGAACUUAAUACUAUAUCUAGUAAGUAGAUGUCACGUUAAAUGGACUAUUUCUCAAAUUAAUAUUGUAUUAUCAUUAUCCCAGAUUUUUCCAAGAAUAAAGCUAGCUAUAUAUAGGAUGCAUUCUAACUUUGUACAAGAUAUAUGGCUUGGUUGCGCUGCUUACCAACCCAAUAACACUGCUACAAAUAGUAGUGAAUCAUAAAUAGACAGACUAUCUAAAAUAAUUAAUAAAUUGGAUUUUUACAGGAUGUGCCGUAAAAUAUAAUUAUUUGAAUGGAGAUAUAUUUUUAAGAUCAACCUACUCAGGACAAACAUGAGUUUUUCUAUUGUGCCGUCCAGUGGUUGUAGAUUCUUGAAGGUCACAGGUAC